AAGUAAAGACCGGGGUCAUGCUGUCCGCUGAUCUUCUCCCUACUUCUUUUAUCACGCCUUCAGCCAUAAAACGGGUUCUUAUACAAACAGUGAACUGAACAGACUCUCUUUGUGCUGAUCUCUACAGUCAGUGUCCUGGGGAUCAGUGGUCCGUCAGCAGCUGUCUUCACUAGGAUUUUCGGGCUUCAGCAGUGUUUUGGUUCAGGAGGUAUAAGUAGAGGAUGUCAAAGAGCCAAGUGAUGAAGGAGCUUGGGCUGAACAGAACCUCAAACCUCCAGUCUGCAGGUUCGGGCCAAAAGUGGCACGGCUCCACUGUCAGUUUCCACAACAUUUACUACAAGGUGACACAGGGAAGAAGCUGUCUUUGUCGGAAGAAGGCAUCCAAAGACAUCCUCAUCGACCUCAAUGGGAUCAUGAAGCCAGGUCUGAACGCCAUCAUGGGGGCGACAGGAAGCGGCAAGUCAUCGUUCCUGGAUGUGCUGGCAGCCAGGAAGGACCCUGCAGGCCUGUCAGGAGAGGUCCUGAUCGAUGGAGCUCCUCAGCCUCCAAACUUUAAGUGUCUGUCUGGAUACGUGGUGCAGGACGACGUGGUGAUGGGAACCCUGACGGUCCGAGAAAACCUCAGCUUCUCGGCAGCGCUGCGCCUGCCAUCGACCGUCUCUCAGCAGGAGAAGGAGCAGAAAGUCAACAGAGUGAUCCAGGAGCUGGGACUGACCCGGGUGGCCGACUCCAAGGUGAGGAGACAUAAAUCAUACUGCAUUUCAAAAGAAGUUGUGUUUUGGCUUGUUGGAGUAAAUUGUUGUGUCUGCAGGUUUGGCGCACUCUUCUUCAUCAUUGUGAAUCAGUGUUUCAGCUGCUUGUCGUCUGCUGAGCUCUUCAUCUCAGAGAGGAAACUCUUCAUUCAUGAGUAUAUUAGUGGUUACUACAGACUGUCUGUCUACUUCCUGUCUAAGAUCCUGUCCGACAUCAUUACCCUGAGGACCAUCCCUCCCUUAAUCUUCAGCGUCGUGGCGUACUUUAUGAUCGGUCUGAAGCCCACAGCAGCGGCCUUCUUCCUCUUUAUGUUCACCGUCAUUCUGACCGCCUACACAGCCACCUCUUUGGCGCUGGCCAUCUCAGCGGACCAGACAGUGGUGGCCAUCGCCAACAUCUUCAUUACCAUCUCCUAUGUCUUCAUGAUGAUGUUUGCAGGCUUGUUGGUGACCCUCCCCUCCAUUGUCAGCUGGCUUGCCUGGUUAAAAUACUUGAGUAUACAACGAUACGGCCUCAGCGUAUGUACAGUUUGCAAACACACACAAACAAUCAAAUCUGCUUUUAAUUUCUCUGGCAGUUGCUUAUUAUGUAGCUGUCAAAGCAGUUCAGCAGCUGAACUUUAGCAUCAGCUCUCGUUUCCAACACUUUUAAACAAAAUAAAAUAUUAAAAUAAAAACGGAGUUAAUUCAAAGGGUAAAUACAGAUAGGGAAGGUUGUUUUAUUUUACUUUAACUUUCUUUUGCUGUUUUGGAAGAAGAGUUCUGGACAUUUUAUUUUCUCCUCAUAUAACACAAAGCAGGACUCUACAAACCUAUUUUUGUAUAUGUUUGCCUGGAUUUAUGACAACAUACAGAGCUGGGUGACAAAUGAAAAACGUCUGACUGACUGAGUGGAGACACAACCAGCAGGGUCACU